AUGGCGCACAGAGAUCCCGGCCCUAUACCUAAUAGGUGGCUGAGAUGUCCACGCAAGGCGAAUGGUCUGGUAGCAGAUAAGUUUUUAGCUUUCAAGACACCUUUGGGACCUCAAUUCAAUGAACAAGUACCUGAAGAAAACCGUUUCACACCAGCCAUGUUAAUGGCCUACACAAAGAGCAUGAAAAUAAAACUUGGCCUCUGGAUAGAUCUAACAAACACAAGUAGAUUUUAUGACAAGAAGAUGGUAGAAGAAGCUGGAUGUAAGUAUGUGAAGAUGCAGUGCCGAGGCCAUGGAGAAACACCAUCACCUGAACAAACUAGGGAAUUCAUUGCUGUGGUAACAAAAUUUGUAACUCAGAAGCCAUUAGAGAUGAUUGGCGUACACUGUACACAUGGCUUCAAUAGAACUGGGUUUCUACUUGUGUCAUACAUGGUGGAGCAACUGGACUGCAGUGUUGAUGCAGCUAUAAUUGAGUUCGCUCGGAUGAGACCUCCUGGUAUAUACAAGCAAGAUUAUUUAGAAGAGUUGUGCCGACGGUACAGUGAGGUUGAGUUCACUCCGCCUGCCCCAGAAUUACCUGACUGGUGUAAUGAGGAAGAAGAAGAAGUAGAUGAUGAUGAUGUACCUGGCAAUAGUAGCAAUGCACAACAUUCGCCACAAUCGCAUUCUUCAGCAUCUGGUCGUCAGAAGAAAGGCAAAGGCAGAAAAGAGACUACGCACAAAAAGGAUAUUUUCAUGCCAGAAGUGGAAGGUGUGAAGCCGUUUGACACCCAGCCACGACUCAGUGAGGUUCAGAAGAAAGCGCAGCUAUACUGCAGAUGGAAUACCACAGGGUUCCCAGGCUCACAGCCUGUGUCAAUGCAGAGAUCAAAUUUGUGGAAGUUGCAUGAGAAGCCCUAUAGAGUUUCAUGGAAAGCUGAUGGAGUUAGAUUUAUGAUGCUAAUAGAUGGAGAAGACGAGGUGUAUAUGCUUGACAGAGACAACUGCGCAUUCAAAGUGCCCAACCUCAAGUUCUUUCACAGGAGCGAUCUAAGGAAACAUCUCACAAAUACUUUACUUGAUGGUGAAAUGGUAAUAGAUGAAUUGGAUGGUAAAAAGAUACCUCGUUAUUUGUGCUACGACAUCAUAUGUUUGGACGGUAAUGACGUCAGCAAAAUGGCAUUUUAUCCGACGAGGUUGAACAUUAUUGAAAAAGAAAUUGUAAAUCCAAGACUGAAAGCGAUGGAGGCGGGCCUUAUAAUAAAACACCACGAACCGUUCAGUGUGAGACUGAAACAGUUUUGGGAGUUGCCCAUGUCUCGGCAGCUCUUAGGGGAGAAGUUCGCCAAGCAAUUAUUGCAUGAGCCCGAUGGUCUUAUAUUCCAGCCGGCUAAAGAGCCUUAUGUGCCGGGGCCGUGUGAAGAUGUUCUGAAAUGGAAACCGAGUAAUAUGAACAGUGUAGAUUUUAGAUUGAGAAUUGUCACUGAAAGUGGUAUGGGGUUAUUACCUACAAAAGUAGGUAAAUUAUUCGUAGGCAAACCAGAAAAACACUUUGCGACUAUGAAAGUGUCGAAGAACAUGAAACAUCUCGACAAUAAGAUAAUCGAGUGCACAUAUCAAGACGGCCGAUGGCAGUUCAUGAGGGAACGUACUGAUAAAUCCUUCCCCAACGGUUUUGAGACUGCAAGAUCUGUUUGUCAGAGUAUACAGGAGCCAGUCACAAAAGAGAUCCUAUUGGACUUCAUAGACAAUCACCGGUUCCACGACGACUCUGACGUGGCGCCUCCACCGAAGCGCAUGCGCCGAUAG